CUUUGCGAGGCGUCUGUCCGUUUGUCGGUUUUCUUCUGUCCGCUGCUGAAGAGGGCUCAUUGCUGGCCGGGGACAGAGCCGGGCACUGAGGAGCGACAGGACCCGGAGGAGGAGGAGGGAGAGCGCAGGCAGCGAGGAAAGGAGGAUCCCGGCAGGUGACAAGCAUGAAAUUCAGCCCAGCGCACUACUUGCUGCCUCUCCUGCCGGCGCUGGUCUUCAGCACCAGACAGGACUAUGAAGAGCUAGAAAAGCAGCUGAAGCAAGUCUUUAAGGAGCGAAGCACCAUCCUCCGUCAGCUGACAAAAACAUCAAGAGAACUUGAUGGAAUUAAAGUCAACCUUCAGAAUUUGAAAAACGAUGAGAAAUCUACCAAAACUGAUGUUCAGAAGCUUCUGGAAAUAGGUCAGAAACAAAGAGAACAAAUGAAGUCUCUCCAGGAGGCCCUGGAAAAUCAGCUUAAAGAGACAACUGAGAAAGCAGAAAAACAGCAGGCUACUAUUGCUUUUUUAAAGACUGAAAUGGAGAGAAAGAACAAAAUGAUCCGAGAUCUCCAAAAUGAGAAUAAAAGCUUGAAACACAAACUCUUGUCAGGAAACAAGCUGUGUGGAAUACAUGCAGAAGAGUCAAAAAAAAUCCAAGCCCAGCUGAAGGAGCUUCGUUAUGGGAAGAAGGAUUUAUUAUUUAAGGCCCAACAGCUUACUGAUCUGGAACGAAAAUUAGCUGUGGCGAAAAAUGAACUGGAGAAAGCAGCUCUUGACCGGGCGUCGCAGCUGAAAGCAAUGAAAGAGACGGUACAACUCUGCCUCUCAACUGUUUUCCAUGAUCAACCUCCUCCCCCUUUGAAUCUCUUCAAGCCGAGUCCAACUCGGAUAUCAAUUCCAUCCAUGCCAAAUGACACUAAGAUUGCAGAUGCAAGGACAAGAAGCAAGGCUCAACAAACCACUUCUGAAGCCCAUGAGAGCUCUCAAGUUGAGACUACAAAGGAAGAAUAUCUGAGUACCCCUGAGUGCGAUACUCAAAUUCUUUUACAGGGGAGCACGACCUGUUCAAUGAAGCACGAAGAAAAUCCUGCAAGCAAUGACACUGCAGAAUCAGAACCUGUCCCACAGAAUGUGCCGGUGCCUCCUUGUACUGAAUGCGAAGAGGAAAAAAACCUGGGAAAACAAUUGACCAGCACUGAAGGGAAGGCAAAUAGAGAAAAAAAAUGACUGUAAAUACCAAGAAACUGUGUUAAAAACAUCCAUUUGCUAUUGUCUUCAUACUCUUUUUAGACCACAAGCUUGAUGGGAAUACUAAGUUUUUAAAGCAUGCA